AUGAAGGGUUGCAUUUUCAAUAUUGACGGGGGUUAUUUAGAGGGGCUGUGUCGUGGUUUCAAAUGCGGAAUUCUGAAACAAUCAGAUUACCUAAACUUGGUGCAGUGUGAAACUUUGGAAGAUUUAAAGCUCCAUUUACAAGGAACUGAUUAUGGCACUUUCCUGGCUAAUGAACCUAGUCCUUUGGCUGUAUCAACUAUUGAUGACAAACUGCGCGAAAAACUUGUCAUUGAAUUUCAGCAUUUGAGAAAUCACUCUGUAGAGCCAUUGUCUACUUUUCUGGAUUUCAUUACUUACAGUUACAUGAUUGAUAACAUCAUUCUACUGAUUACUGGUACUCUGCACCAGAGACCCAUUUCUGAAUUAAUUCCCAAGUGUCAUCCUCUUGGGUCUUUUGAACAAAUGGAAGCUAUUCAUGUUGCUGCUACCCCUGCUGAAUUAUAUAAUGCUGUCCUGGUGGACACGCCCUUGGCUCCAUUCUUUGUUGACUGCAUUAGUGAGCAAGACCUUGAUGAAAUGAACAUUGAAAUUAUUCGUAACACCCUUUACAAGGCUUACUUGGAGGCUUUCUAUGAGUUCUGCAAGCAGAUUGGUGGAACAACUGCAGAUGUUAUGUGUGAAAUAUUAGCUUUUGAAGCUGAUCGCCGAGCUAUCAUCAUAACCAUAAAUUCAUUUGGGACAGAACUAUCUAAAGAUGACCGUGCUAAAUUGUAUCCCCGAUGUGGAAAGUUGAACCCAGAUGGGCUUGCUGCACUGGCUAGAGCUGAUGACUAUGAGCAGGUUAAAGCAGUUGCCGAGUACUAUGCUGAAUAUUCUGCUCUCUUUGAAGGUGCUGGAAACAAUGUUGGAGACAAAACUUUGGAAGACAAAUUCUUUGAACAUGAGGUAAGACUGAAUGUUCAUGCUUUUUUGCAACAAUUCCACUUUGGGGUUUUCUAUUCUUACCUCAAGUUGAAAGAACAGGAAUGCAGGAAUAUUGUGUGGAUAAGCGAAUGUGUGGCCCAGAAACACCGUGCCAAGAUUGACAACUACAUUCCCAUUUUCUAA